AUGAAGGGAGUGGUUGUUGACACAAUUAUUUCUUGUCUCCACAAGUAUAGCAUUGCUAUAGAUGAGAAAAUUGCAGUCGUCCAAACCAAUCUGACCAAAACCGUCCGGGCAUCUAUUCAUUCUGAGAUUGUCGAAACCGUUCAAACAUCAAUCAAGUCAAUGAUCGACGAAUCUGUUCAAACCGCAAUCGCUCCUUUACUCGACAUGAUGCAGGCUAUGGCGUCUCAGAUUGAGGAGUUGUCUAAAAUGCAAGCUGAUAAGACUCAAGAGCAGAUUCGCGCUGAUGCCGAAACAGCCAGGAGACUUCAAGAGGAAGACGAGGCUAGGGAACGGUUAAGAAAGGAAAUCGAAGACAAAGAUCAUGAGUUGGCCAAGCAAUGCAACGAGGAAAAAAAGGCCGCUCUACCAGAAUCCACACCGGCUCAAGCCUCUCACUCUAUGAAAACGAGGAAUAAGAACAAACGUAAGACGGUUGCGACCUUGAUGAAGCAGGCGGAACGAAGCGGCUUAGAAGAGAUUCAACCGGUUGGACAACUCGAGAAACUUCUUGAUGAUGAAGAAGAAGAGGAUACUACACGACUCAACCGACGAAAGAAGAAAGCAAUUGAAGUUUCAACCACAGUUCCGAGUUCCGAUCCGAUCGUUGCCCAAUCAUCUCGCCCACCCAGACUAGUAAGCCGUGGCUUCGGGUUCAACAAGCGAACUCCUGGCAUAUCAAGUGUGUUUACCAGAUGGCAAAUUGACGCAGAAAGAAGGGAACGGGAAUGGAAGGCAAGAGAGGAGGAAGAAAGGAAGCAUAAAGAGAAAGAAAAGGGGGGGGGGAUCAUCCAAUCCUUAGCUCAUCUUUCUCUUAUGGACAUUUUACUUAUGCUACUUACUAGCUGUUUUGUUUCAGAACUAAGUUUAUCUCGUUAA